AUGCUGAGAGACGAGAUGAAAGAAAGCCUCAUUGCCCGUGAAAGUGUCUCUUCUAAAGAGUUCAUUUUCAACGGCUUGAAACUGGCGUUUUUCUGCAUUUUGACGGCGCUCUUCCUUGCCAACCUCUACGUGACGAUGGACCUGUGCCGACUGCAAAAUCAGCAACUGGAACUCAACAGAGUCUUUGCUGACUCCAUUUUUGAGCUCACAGGAAAUCAACAAGAUCAGUCCAAGAUUCUCGCUAAAUUGGAAGAAAUCGUCGGCAAUCCGGAAGUUAACGCUCUCGAAAGAAGAUGA